GGAGAAAGCCGGCUACGUGGUGUACUUGCAUCCUGAAGAAGAGAGAAAAAGAACGUACAUCGUGCGGUCAUACGUAAAGAGAAAGAACGUGGAUAAAAUUUGGAAGUGUGGAAGAUAUUAUUUUCAUUGCAAGAGACGUGAUCGCCAUGGCUUCCGGUAUUUAUAUUUAUUUCCUGCAUUUGAUUACGAACGAGGAGAGAAUCGAACAAUUCGACAACAAUGAAAAAGGGGAAGGAGCUUCCUGUCUCGCUGGACAUCCGGUGGUUCCCAUGUUCUGCAUGUCAGAGAGACGAGAAAAUCCAAGAAUUUUCAUUUACACUUUUCCGGAAUUGCGAAGCAUUUCCAUUUGCACUCGAAAUGGCACGACAAAGUACUUGUCUAGUUGCUUUGCAGGUACAGAGUAUAUUUUAACAUUGACAUCUCUUCCGGAUUUCUUGAUUAUUCUUUGGCAUUGGAAGUCAGGCGAUUUACUCGUCGCUGUCAAGACAAAAGUCAAUGACGAAUUACAAAAAGUCAGGUGUUCUCCAACCUCCCCACUUUUGGCAUCGCAAUUUUCUGCAACUUCCGGAAGUCUUUCCGUGUAUGAAAUUACGGUCUGCUCCAAAAUGGCGAAUCUACUUCCGGUGGAGAUUAAACCGUUUAAAAAUAAAUUAACAUCCGUGUCGUGGUCUCAAGAAGGGUCAUUAAUCAUUUGCGAUGAAUUUCGAAACAUUUUCGUCAUGAGGGGCGAAGAUAAAAAACGAUUACAUGUUGUAACUUCAAUGAUUUCUGAGAGAUCAAAAAGGCCAUUGUCAAUCAUCGCCCAUCAAAAUGGAGUCAUCAUGGCCGACAACAAAAUAACGUUUUACAGAAAAUCAACAAUGGAGAGUCCUAAGGAAAUGAAUUGGUUGCCUUCAUGGACUAUUGAAUCAAUUUCUUAUCCCACUAUCAUGGCGGUUCAUCCUGACAGAAAUGGAAUUUUGGUUUAUGGGGAAAUGGGAGAAUUAUUCGAAAUAGACAUGAACGAAGAAAAUGUUCCUAUUGUUAAUGUAAAAUGCGACCUGGGCGGAUCUUUCGAAGCGAUUUCUUGGAUUUUUCCGGGAUUUCAACACGCGAUUACCCUCGAUAAAUUCGAUCGAUUGAAGGUAAUCGAUACCUCGACAGGACAAUUUGUUGGAGAAUUGCAUCUGCAUGAAUAUGACCGAGUUCUAUGCAUCGUCCCUCAUCCCACUCUACCAUUAAUAACAGCCACAACGGUUUCUGGUUAUUGUUUAUUCAUAAGUGUGUUUAAUGUGACGGAACCAAUUAUCCUAAACUUGGUGCACUUAAAUGCGGAACCUUUGAACAAAGCCAAAUUUAUAAACAAUGGGACCCUCUUUGGUGUUGCAACUAAAAAUACAGGAGAUGUCUUUUUCCUUGGCGACGACAACAAUGGAGAUGCAAUUGUUGUAGGGCGAUUAAUAACAAAUGGCCGGAUCGUGGAUUUUUUAUCUUUCCAAAAGGACGCCGAUACGUUAAAAGUGUUAAUACUCCCUGCAACAAAUUCUGGAUUUUCAGUCGGCAACGUUAUAAUUAUUUACACCAUAAACAUUGAAAAUUUCAGUGCAACUGCAAAUCAUGCGAUACAACUUCCACAAUUUUACAAAUCUCUUCAUUUUCAUCCAAAUGGGAGUUUUGAAUUUCUGGGUGUACCUUUUCUAACGAGACAAUUACACGUAAUGAGCCUGUAUAAUUACAGGAGCAUCGCACUUGUUAAAGCGACAUCGUCGGUUCAUCAAUUAAAAAUGUUUCGUGUUAUUGCGAGCGAACAUCAAAUCAUUACUUGUGGAUAUGAUGGACUCGUUAUCAUAAGAGACACAAAUGAUAUUGAUAAAGUAAUUGCACGUUUAAUGCCACAUCAUCGAAGUGAAGGAGGUGCAAAAUGUGCAAUCGCGACAUCGUCUUUAGAAAUUAUUCUUUCCGUCGGGAAUAAUGGAAGCCUCGUCGCAACAAAGCUCUGUUCAAAAUCGAAUAUCGGAGUUUCGGAAUUAUUUCCGAUGAAGUUGAACUUGAAGGAGAUUCAAAAAAUGAUUUGCAGUUUAACAAAAACGGAUUUGGAGAAAAUUCAACGAGAAAAGUCGUCAACUUGGGUGGAACGUCGAGAGAUGGAAAAGUUGAGGAGAGAGAGAGAAGAAGCUGCGGUUGAAAGGGCGGCCAUUUUGGAAAAGUUGAAAAUGAUAAAAGAGAAGAUCGUAACAAUGCUCGACCAGAACGAGAAAGAAUCGGAAAUGUCAAAACUGCCGAUUUCAAAUUUCGAUUUAAACGAAGAAUCUCGACGGCGGAAAUUAAUUAAUAAUAAAAUAAAACAGGAAGAGGAGGAGAGAAAUCUUGAAGAAUUAAUUAUUAAACAAGACGGACUCGCCGAGUUCUUGAAAAAUUAUUGCUGGAAUCGAAUGCAAGUGCAUUGUUGCUUGCUAAAAGCAAUUCACGAAGACGCUUACGUGCAAAACUUCCCAUUAGCAAAAAUUUCCAUUGAAAAAGAAGAUCGUCAAAUUUGGAAUGAAUUUCUUUUGACUUUGUCGAGAAAAGUGUCGAGAAUCGACUCGGAUUUUUUGCUCCCGGAAUACAAAGAAGAGACUAAUGAUACAAGAAAAUCGGAAAAACACAAUUUGCGAAGUCUGACGGUUCCAGAAAAAGAUGAAAUAAAUUAUAUCGAUUAUGAAAUCGAGAAGGAAGAAUAUGACAAAGUGAUUUCUCUGAUAGGGACCAGCACAUACAAAUGGAUAAAAGAUGAAUAUUUGUAUUUUGCAUACAAAUCGUUCGAGAUAGGAAACUUCACGACAGGUGCAAUAGACAAUAGUACAGUAACAAACAAGAAGCAUCAAUUAAAGAAAUACUUUAAUAAAUUAUUUGAAGGGAUGAAAACCAAGAAGAAAGAAGUUCUGUCUUUGGCAGUCGAGCGAAUUAAUAAAUUGGAACAUUGCAAAUCGGAAUUAAUGAAUAUGUUUGCAAUUAAUUUCCCUGCUGAACUGUCGGUCGAUUCUGCGUGGAGUUUCAUAGAAAUUCCGGAUUAUAUUAUAAUUGUAAACGAUGAAGAAAUUCCAGUAAAACCGUUUUUGGAAAAACAAGAAACGUCUGUUAAAACUGACGAGGAUGAAGAAUUAAUUAAUUUUCUAAACAAAUCUUAUGACUUCAGAGAACAAGCACUGCAAAUCAUGAUGGAAGGAGUAAUUGAACCCAGAUGGGAGGACGAAAUAAAAAAGGACAUUCCCAUUCCCGAGUGCAUGAUAAACAAAGACCCAUCAGAAUUCACUCCCGAGGACAACGAAGCAACAAUACUCUAUGAACAAAAGGUAGAACAAUUAAAAGCAGAAAGGGAAAAAUACAAAUCCCUCCUGCAAGAGUCUGCAAAAAAUCUAGAAGAAGCGUUCAACAAAGACAUCGGAUCAUUCGACGAACGCUUACACGAGUUCUCCAUAACUCGAAUGAAAGUAAAGUCUGCAAUCUUGCAGGAAAGUCUGAAAAAACUGAGAAUUUCCCGAAGACAUUUGUCGAGAGUGGAAGGCGACAAAGUAAUUAGUAAAUUCCAAGAGAAGCUUUCAUUGACAACAAAACGCAGUCAAGAAUUGGCAGAAUAUCUGGCAUCCCUCGAAGUUCCGGUAAACGAUCUGAAAAAUCGUUUUCAGAGUCUGAAGAAGCGGGAAAAAUUACUGGAAAGCAAAUUUAGGGGAGAAUUUUUCGGUCUGAAAACCCCUUUGGUGGGCCAUCUUCUCCGCCAUUACAAAAAGCGACCGAAAAGCGUCCGUUUGGUCUGCACAUCCGUUACUUAUUUAACAGAGACGAUAAGAUGUUUAAACAAUGGCGAAGAAUCCGACAUUCUACCUCGAGAUUGCCUGGAAUUUCUCCGCGGAAUGGAAAUUCUGUCAGAAAUGCCGAGAAAUUUACCGACGCAGAUUUUAGACCGCCAUUGGAGUCUGAUGUGCAGACUACGGAAGCAGAAAAUCGAAAUGGAGAUAAAAAUAAUGGUCUGUGCAAUCGAAUUAGCCGAAGCCGAGCAAACGUUAACGAUGUAUCGAAAGCUGCAAAUGGCGGCGGAAAAUAACGCCACAGGCCUAAUGGAUUUAAUAAACAACCAGAUAAUUGUUAACGACAGGUCGUUGGACGAUGCCGAGGUCCAAGUUAUUUUAAAAAUUGGUCGAAUCGAGGUCGAAAGUCGAGGACGCCGGCUUGAUUUAAAAAACGCUCUUCUUGUAACCGCCGAAGAACUGACGCGAGUCAACGACGCCAUCUUGGAUACCGCUCGUCGGAAAUUGGAGGCCAUGAAUAAAACUCUGUACUUUCGCAGAGCCGUUUAUUACGAGGAAUGGCGGCACCAGUGUAUGCAAAUUAAGGUGAAGGAUCUCAAGGAUCGACUGCAAACAUUGCGGAGCGUUAAGAUCACAGGAGAAGUCUUGGAAUAUUUAUUCGGAGGAAUGGAAAAGCCGAGUUCGAAAUUACUGGAAAAAUUCGAGAGAAAUGCAAAACACACGAGGAAAAUGUUUUAUAGAAUAUUGGGAAGGGAAAAGUCGCAGCUGGAAAAGAUGGCGGACGAGAUUUCGGAGUGGCAAGAAAGGAACAUUUGUUUAUUCGAGGAGAUCGAAAGAUCGAGGUCGAUCAACUUCGAGAUGUCCUUGCAGUGUCGAGAAGAGUCCAGGGUGAAAAAAGAAGCAUUUGAGAGCAGCAAAAUCAAGGCCAUCAUGAAAAGAAACAAGAUGGCGAGGAAAGUCGAGGACAAUUAUGAGGAUCUCUUGGAGCUACAGGCGAGAUUGGAAUUAUUGAGGCUGAGGACUUAUCCGACCUUAAGAUUCAAAUUGGACCAGUGAUAAGAAUCAUUGUUGAUCGUUUCUAAACAUUGCCAGUGUCGGAAAUUUAUUCCACGACUGGGAUGUACCAAUAAAUUCCCCCCCGAUUAAUCCGAA